AUGCUCACCACCAAACAAGCUGCUCGCUGCAGUCAACCUUUACCAGUCUUUCUGCCGUUUCAGCACGAAAAUCUUUCCGUCCAAUGGCCACCCAUUUGCCAGGAUCCCCAGCUUCUGCAGAAGGCUCGGCGUAGCUUUUUAGAGUGGUUGCCUGGCAACACGCGUCAGGCGCUCCUUGACGAGCUCCGCAGGACCACCGAAGAGCGUACUCGGCCAUGCUCCGGUGCUGCGCAGUCUUCGCAACGGAGUAAACACCCAACAACAAUAGGAAAGAAGACUGCACCCCUCCUGCAAGCCUCAAACGAAGAGAAGCGCAACAAGGCCGUCACGAAAUGUGGCGUUAAAGGAGUUUCGAUAGCCGUCGUAACGCACAAUCUCUCCGACCCUGAAGGGUAUGCAGACUCGGAAGCAGCGUUGGCAUUUCUUUUCUUCCUUCUCUACCCUGCCCUGGAGCACCAGUCGAUGGGAGAAGCGUCGGGCGAGGCUCGUGCGGUGCCCUCACCAAACCAGGUGUUGAUCCAGCUUGAACUGACGUGUGCGGUUCUGCUGCGGUGCGUAGCGCGGGCCAUCCAUACAGAUGACGCCGUCCGUGCAAUCGGGUCCUCGUGUGGGCCAGCCGAUGCUUCUCUGUCGGCGCGUGUGCAAGCCCAAGCAGUGUCGGCGUCUCUCCAGCUGUGGCUGCGGUUUUUCCUCUUCUUUUUCCUCGAUCAGCUGCGACGCGAGCGCAUCCGCGUGGCCAGCCUGGUCGUCACUGCUGCGCGUCUCAAACAAACCGUUUCUCUGCUUCAUCCACGGUCCACGAAAGAAGACAAAGGGAGCACUGGCGUCAAGCCGAUGAGCACCACAUCAACGAAUCAACCCGUCACCGAGGAAGAGGCGUAUUUGCAGACACACCCUUUCCUUAACGGAGGUCACCCCCUGCACUUCUACGCGCAAAAGCUCCACAACGCAACGAGGAACAUCUGCCGAGAUGCCAAGAGGGCGCGAGUGUUUGACGGAGAUCUGGCCAAGGGGAACUCGCGUUCCAGGAAGCCAAUCUUACUGGCAAAGAAGAAGCACUUACAGCCGCCGCAGCGGAAGCAGACAACGGCAGCCUCGAGCACGCGCCGGCAAAGCCGUCCACCAGGGAAGCGUGCCUGCGGCUGGCAUGGCAGACAGCAACGGUGGCGCGCCGACAGGGAAACCAGCAGCGACUCCAUCUCUUCUUCUGCGUUCUCGUCAGACUCAGAGUGCACUGGAAAGGAAGACGAUGAGGAUAGUCCAGUGGUGAAGCGUGUAACGCCUUCUUCGUGUGCGAAGAGCGCCACCUUAGACGACGAUGUCCCCCUCGCUGCGUUGGCGCCUUUCUUGUCUUGCUCUUAUUAA